AUGUCGGCUAUUAAGAACGUCACCAUUGUCGGCGCUGCGGGCAACCUUGGCGCAACGGUAUUCAAGACGCUCGUCGAUUCGGGCAAGUUCAACGUCCAGGUUCUGAGACGGCCGAAUUCCACGACUCAGUACCCUGCCGGCACAAAAGUCGUCGAGGCCGACUUCUCAUCCGUCGACGCUCUCGCUACAGCACUCGAGGGCCAAGAUGCCGUGAUUGCGCUUUUGGGGCCAACAGCUCUGAGCCUUCAGCGCCAACUGAUUGACGCCUCCAUCAAGUCCGGGGUCAAGCGAUUCAUCCCCUCAGAGUUUGGUGGUGACUUGAGCAAUGCCAAGAACCGAACUCUGCUCCCGUUCCUCGAGAAGGUCAAAAUCCAGGACUACUUGACCGACAAGUCCAAGUCCUCUUCCCUCACCUACACCUACAUUUACACUGGUGCUUUCUUGGACUGGGGCAUCGAAGGCAACUUCCUCCUGGACGUAUCAAACUAUCAGCCGACGAUUUACAACGGCGGGAACCAGGUGUUCAACUCUACAUCUCUGGACACUGUUGCCAAGGGCGUGGUCGGCGUGCUGGCCCAUCCCGACGAAACCAAGAACAGGGCCGUGUACCUGGGGGACGUCAAGAUAUCACAGAAUGACCUGCUGGCCAUUGCAAAGAAGGUGGCGCCCAACAAACCAUGGCAGCCUAAGCACACUGCCCUGGAUGAGGCCACUGCCGAAGCUGACAAGAGGUUGGCCCAAGGAAUUGUGGACUUUCACACCAUUGUGCCAUACUUGUAUCGAUCUAUUUUCGACCCCGAGCACGGUAGCGACUUUCAGAAGAAUGACAAUGAGCUCUUGGGCGUGCCUAAGAAGGACGAGAAGUUUAUCGAGCAAGUGUAUGCGAAAAAGCUUGCCUAA